AUGUGCAGAAAUGGUCGAAACAAACAGCAGCUCGACCUGCAGCCUCCCCAGCUCUUCCCUCAGCGUCGCUUUGCCUCCUUCAGCACGGUGCCAACGCCGGGGAAUUCUCCGCGGGAGAGAGAGCUGACGACGUGCCCCGCAAAGUGGACGCCAGGGAAACCCUUCGGCUCAGUGCUGCUCAGUCACAGAGGUCGCCGGGAGUCCAAAUCGGCCCAACCCAGCGGAGCCCGGGACCGUGGCAGGGGGUCCGUCCAGAGCCUCAGCCAGGACCACACCCUGCCCCUCCGUGGCCUCAACCAGCCUGGCCCCUCACCACCCCCUGUAGGCCCUGAGCAGGCCCUUCCUGGGACGUCCCUGCAGGGUCAGCUCCCAGAGGACAGGCCUGGGCGGCCACCUGGACAAGCCAGAAUGUUUGGUGUUUGGAGGACAUUCAACAGUGUCGUCUUCUACCUCACGCUCCUCAUUGGCCUGGGGGGCCUGGUGGGCAACGGGCUGGUUCUCUGGCACCUGGGCUUCCACGUCAGGAAGGGCCCCUUCAACGUCUACCUGCUCAACCUGGCGGCAGCUGACUUCCUGUUCCUGGGCUGCCACCUGGCCUUUGCGGCUGUGCAGGCGGCCCUGGGCUCCGACUCCCUCUACUUUGGAAUCACCUUCCUCUGGUUCGCGGUGGGGCUCUGGCUGCUGGCCAUCCUGUGCGCUGAGCGCUGUGUGUCUGACAUCUUCCCCGGCUGCCACCAGCGCUGCCGGCCCCGCCACACCUCGGCCGUGCUCUGCGUCCUGGUCUGGGCACUGACCCCACCGGCCGUCCUGCUGCCGGCCCGCGCCUGCGGCCUGCUGCGCGACAGCACGCGCCCGCUGACCUGCCUCCGGUACCACGCGGCCAGUGUCACCUGGCUGCUGGCCCUGGUCGGCGUGGCCUGCGUGUCGGGCCUGAGCCUCUUCUUGUGGGUCAGCUGCUGCUCGCCGCGGCCGCGCCCGCGUUUCUACGGCCUCCUCCUGGCCUCCACGCUGCUGCUGCUCCUGUGUGGCUCGCCCUUUGUCCUCCUCUGGAGCCUGCGGCCUCUCCUAAGCUUCCUGCUACCCGUGCUCCCGCCACUCGCCACCCUGCUGGCCUGCGUCCACAGCGGCGCCAAGCCCCUGGUCUACUACGUGCAGGGCCGGCAGCGCGGGAGGCGGGAGCCCCUGCGGGCGGUCUUCCAGAAGGCUCUGCAGGAGGGUGAGUGGCCGGCUGCAGGGCCGUCCCUACCCCUGGGCCGCGUGUAG